GGGAGGUGGGUUAAAGCCAAACGGAGGAGAGGAAGAGGAGAGGUGGAGCUGGGAAAGCACCAGAAGCGGCAGACGGAGCGUACAAACGUGCUGCGAAUAGACGGAGGCAGAAUCGACAGCAAGCAGCUUCAACACACACAGACGUUCAUGGGCAUUCACUCCAGUACACAUUCCUGACAUCUAGGCUGGACUAAGAACAAGUUUGCAUUCUGCCUUGUCGAGGGUUAGAGGAGACGAUGAAGAGCAGGGGAGACGGCGCUCGCCAGCGUGCCUUCUGUUAGGGAUUUCACUCAGAAGAACGCCCUCACCCCGCUGCUGCGCAGAGAGGUGCGGCGGGAGCAGCAAAGCGUGGAACCACUGAGUGAAUCAAGCCAAGUGGACAGGAUGAUCCUGAUACUCUGUGUGGAAAAAGGGGUGAUGCUCAAACUCAGAGGAGGAGGGGAGAGUCUGCAGAUGGGACAAUAAGAACCUCUUGGGAUGAAGAAGGUGAGAGGAAUUCUGUUUCCAUAACCAGGAAAAUAAUCAGGGGAAGAUGCUGGAAUAUUGUAACGGACCUGAACAUCCUCUUCGCAAACUUCUGCCAGGACUUCUGUAGCAACUCUGAACUGAACGUGUCUGCUGGAUAACUGUGAUUCUUUCAUUUCUUCUUCUUGUUUGCUGCACCUGGGCUGCCCCCAUCCAAACAAGUAAAGGGGCAGGUCUCACAGUUCGGGCUGAAAAUAGAAAAUGAAAAAGCUGCGGUGUUUUGUGUUUGUGGGAGGGGGGGUGCUAUCUUUGUGUCUUCAUGAAAUGAAUCGUUAAACCCAGAGGAUGUGACAGGAAGAACUGCAGCAGCUCCUCAGAAGUAACAGACCUUCACUGGAGAUCGGGUGCUGGCGGCGCCAUGCUGCACGUUGAUGGUCACGCAGGGUUUCUUCAGGAGGUGCAGGCACCGUCAUGGUGGUCCACUGCUUUGCUGAUGGUUUGUCUGCAGCUGCCCUGCCUGAACCUUGUACGGGCUGACGCUAACCUGUCUCAAGGAGGAUGUCUGAGAGCCUCGGACAUCCUGAGCUGCACCGCUUUGGGUCUGAACCAGGUUCCCUUGGAGCUACCGGUCUCAACCGUCACUCUGGAUCUGAGUCACAAUAAGAUAGAGGAGCUGAAAAGUGGUGACUUUGAGGGACUCCUUCAGUUAGAGACCUUACGUUUAGCGCACAACCAGCUGACUACCAUCCAGCCAUGGGCAUUCAGGAACUCCUCUGGGGCUCUGCUCCAACACCUGGACCUAUCGUCCAAUCAGCUUCGUGUUUUGGAGCAGCACUUUUUUCAGGAGCUCUCUGGACUUCGGGAACUUCUGCUUUUCAACAAUCGGAUGGUGCGCGUGGAGACUGCAGCCCUGGAUGGACUCAGAAAUCUCCACAAGGCCUACCUCAGCCAUAACCGCCUCACGGACUUCCCCUUCUUCACUAUUCAAAAGCACAGCCACCCUCACCUGUCCAUGUUGGACUUGUCCUCCAAUCGGCUCUUCAAACUGCCGCUGGAGGACAUAAAGAACCUGCCAGAGCUGGUCCAGAAGGGACUAUACCUGCACAACAACUCGCUGCUGUGCGAGUGCUCUAUGUUCACACUGAUGAGGUUUUAUGAGCAGAGGGGCUUUGCCUCUAUUAAACAUUUCCGGGAGGAAUACAUCUGUAUGAUCAACGGGAUCCAGAGGGGCAUUCUGCGCUUCCUCCUGCACAGUCACUACUUUGACAAAUGCAACCUGACAGUGAAGAUCCCGGCGCUGAUGGAGCAGGAGAGCAAUGUCUUGGUGAAAGAAGGGGCGGCCCUGCUGCUUCAUUGCAUAACCACCCUGUCCAGCCACAGCAUCACCUUCUUCUGGGUCACACCAAACUUAGAAUAUGUGGCCCUACCAGGAAACAAUGGGUCUUUAAAAAUGUUCCCUAAUGGCAGUCUGGAGAUCGUGGAGGCACGGGAAAGGGACUCUGGCAUUUUCUUGUGUGUGGCUCAGGACCGGCAGCAGAACGAAACCUGGGAGGUCAACGUGACCGUGGUGGGGCACCAUGGCGAGGACCAUGAGCCAUUCAACACAGGCUUCACCACCCUACUGGGCUGCGUGGUGAGCCUGGUUCUGGUACUCAUGUACCUUUAUCUGACACCCUGCCGCUGUCCACCAUGCUGCAGGGCCCGCCCAGCAACCACCGCCACUCCAAGUCAGGCCAACGAAGGUGUGGCUGGAAGUGCUCAGUCCUCUAUUCUUACCCCAACCCCACCAACCACUACCGAGGGCCCAGGUCGAAAGGUCUAUUCCUCAAAUCUCUACUCUGUUCUUCCACCUUACAUCUCUCCUCCAUCUGAAUCUCUAUCCCUGUAACGUCUCUCUGUCUUGAGCCUUGCCCAGCCUCUUUUCCUGAACGCCUGCAUCGUCUCCACAGCGACGGACAGCCAGGAGCAGGACAGGCAGACCGGCCCACCUGUGUGCCGGCAUCUUCUCACAUGAACACAGACUCACUUUGCAUCUUUUGAGAAACAUGUUACUUCACACAUACAACCAUCACAAAGCAGUGCAUGCUGGGAAAUGUAAUCCUGACUGAUCAGGACUCAUUUUUAUGAACAACAUUGUGAAGAGAAGGAGCUGAGGAGCAGCCCUAGUGGUCCUGUGAUGAUGAGGACUUUCAGUAAACCUUAUAAAAGCAUGCGUCUGUACUCAAGCCUCUAAGUCACAAAUCACAAAACAUCUGAACAUUCCUCAUAGUCUGCAAAAACAUUGUUGCUGUCCAGUAGGAUGGCAUCAUUCUGCCAUAACCAAGUGCAUAAAUACAUGUUAGGAUAAGCAACCCCUCAGAAACAGCAGCUGGGUCACCACAGUGAAGGUUACACAUGUCUCACAGGAUUCUGUUCUGGUUCUGAUUAGUUUUUUUUCCCCCGUUUAUUUUAAUAAAAAGGAUAAAAGCCA